AUGCAUCGGUUUCCCACUGACUUCCACUCUCAGUCCCAUUCCCCGCUCUCCCCGUCCCCCGCCCUUCCUCUCCAGCCACCCACUGACGAUGCCAUCGAGGCAGUCAUCCUCCAGGCAACAUCCGCCAGGCCAGGCGCAGAUCCCCGUCCUUUGAGGGACACCAGGACUCAGCUCUUUGUCGGGAACCUUCCCUAUAGGGUCCGAUGGCAGGAUCUCAAGGACCUCUUCCGCAAGGCAGGCACCGUCCUACGCGCCGACGUCUCCUUAGGGCCAGACAACAGAUCGCGUGGCUACGGAACUGUCCUGCUCGCCACAGCCGAGGACGCGGGGCGCGCCGUUGACAUGUUCAAUGGCUACUCAUGGCAGUCCCGCAUCCUCGAAGUCCGCCUCGACAGAUUGCUACCAGAGUACGACUCCUCCAACCCCUCCGUCGCCCCAGGAAGCUCACCCGUCAGCACCAGCGGCUCAAGCUAUCUCAUGCCCUCUACCACCGCCUCCACAUCCCAUCAGGGCUCCUCCGCAUCCUCCUUUGCCCCCGACGACAUCGAUUACACGUCAAAGUACCAAAAUCCCGAUCCGGGCUCGUGUCGCAACCUCUUUGUCGGAAAUCUUCCUUUUCAUUGUCAAUGGCAAGAUCUUAAAGAUUUGUUUCGUCAAGCAGGGACCAUCUUACGUGCAGACGUAGCAUUGGCACCCGACGGGCGGUCUCGUGGAUUCGGCACUGUGGUAUUCGCCACAGACUACGACGCUGAAAAAGCAGUCAGAAUGUUCAACGGAUACGAAUAUAAUAACCGGAUACUUAAAGUGAACUACGACAAGUUUUCGCAGGCGAUGCAGCCUGCUGCGAGCACAUCUGAGCCUGUGAUGACAGCUAAUCAGGCGUAUGCGCAUCAGAUGCAGAUCAAGCUCCCGCCGGGGUUCAUGCUUGACUAUGGCCCUCCGUCCGGGCCUACUUCGCCGUAUGAGAUGUUUUCCCAGUUGCAGCAGCAACACCAACAACAACAGCGUCAGCAGCAGCAGCAGCAGCAGCAGCAGCAACAACAACAGCAACAUCGCCAACCGCAUAUGCUGCACCAGCCACAGGCGCAACAUUAUUUACAGCAUCCUUUACAACAGCAGCAGCGAGGUAUACAGCCUCCAACAUCCUCAUCAUCAUCAGCGGCGUCGGCGCAUAACGCGUAUACCAUCCCGCCCCCUCCCUCAUCCUCAUCCUCGUCGGACAUUGACAGUCUAACGAGCACACUAGCCUCUUCGCACCUCUCAAAAUUAGUCAAGCCCAGCCAGCGCGCCGCGUCGUCGUCGUCGUCCUCGCACGCGCAUGUGCACGCGCAUAAGCCGUCGCCGAUAAGCACGGCGGCGUCGUCGAGCCAGGCGAGCUCGUCGUCGGAUCAUUCGAUGUCGUCGACUUCUGCGUCGUCUGUGUCGCAGUCGCCGAAUCCCAUUUCUGGGCAGGGUGGUAGGACGCUUGCGCUUGCGCAUACGCAGAGUCAGCAGCAACAGCAGCAUCAGCAGCAGACGUUACAGCGUCAACUGCAACAGCAGUAUCAGCAGCAUCAGCAACAACAACAUCAACAGCAGCAGCAGCAGCAGCGGCACCCGCAUCAUCCGGGCCCGAUCACGCUCCCGCCGUUACGCCCGCCCAUCUUCCCGCUCUCGCCGCAUACACCACAAGCUCAAGCUCAAGCGCACGCUGGGAUGUCGAUGUCGAUGGGUAUGGGAAUGGGAAUGGGGAUGGGAAUGGGAGUAUCAACGUCGCCACUACAUCAUCCGGCAAUGGGAUCGCCGUAUCAGAUGUACGCGACGCCUGGACAUGCCGUGUAUCAUCAGCAGCAGCACCAGAUGCAUCAGCAGCGCGCGGCUGCUGCUGUGCUACAGCAACAGCAACAGCAGCAACAACAACAGCAGCAGCAGAUUCAGGUUUUACCGUUGACGCCGCAUGGGCUCCCGCCGAUUACGCCUUCGAUGCCGCCGUUUACGUUUUUGCCGCCCCCGCCUCCUCAACAACAACAACAGCAGCAGCAGGGGGUGUCGGCGUUUUCGCCGGUGUCUGUGCAUGCGCUGUCGCGGGUGGGAGGACGGUUGGUGGCGGGGGCGGGUGGGUCGGCGUCGACGGCGAGCGGCAGUUCAGCUGCUGCUGCUGCCGCUGUCAAUACUGCUUCGUCGUUGUCGUCCGCCGGCAAUGCUGGUUCUAACUCUGGUUCUGCUUCUGGUGCUAGUACAGCUGCUACUGCCGCUGCGUCUUCUGCGUCUUCAUCAUCUUCGACUUCGUCCUCUUCUGCCGACGCCACAGCCGCUACAGCCGCUUCAUCAUCUUCUUCGUCGUCGUCUUCGUCUUCUGCUCGUGGUGAUGGUGGUCGGAGUCGGGGUAGGGGUCGGGGUGAGAGCAAUGCGAGCCUUGCGAGUAGUAGUAGUGGUAGCAGACAGCAGCAGCAGCAGCAAUAUCAACAGCAACAGCAACAGCAAUAUCAGCAGCAGCAGAAUGUGCAAUACCCGUUUUAUAGUACGACGCCGAAUUUGCAUUUUGCGAUUCCGUUGCCUUCGCCUGGGUUAUAUGUGAGCGCUGUGUCUGCUGCACACGCGGGUGCGUCGACAUCAGCUUCGGGAGUAGGAGGAGCAGGACCAGGAGGAGCUAGUGCAGGAACAGGAACGGGAACAGCGCCGCUCCCAUCACCACCGACACACCUCCGGCUGAACCUCGCGGGUAUACCAGGUGCGUUCUCGCCUGGGGUUGUGAUGUCCCCUGGGACGUUCUAUGGGCGGCCUGGGGAGGUGGUGCCGAAUCCGAAUCCGUAUAUUAAUGCGGCUGUUGGUGCGCCUGUGCAUGUACAUCCGCAUCCCCACGCACAUUCGCCUGGCCAGCAUCCACACCAACAACAACCGAACGCAGCUGUCGUAGGCGGUUCACCGGGCGGAGGGGUGAUAUACCCGCAUCCUGUAUACGGCCUCGCGCAGUCGCAUGGCGCGUACUUUUAUGCGAUGUCGAGUCCGCAUAAGGGGGGUAGAGGUGUUACGGGCAUGGAGCCCAAGGGCUAUUUUGAUCCGAUGUAUUUUCCGGCGGGUGUUGGGGGUGGGGGUGGGGGUGGGUAUGGGUUUGGAGGUGGAGGUGGGGGAGGGGGACAAGGAGGGGGGAGUGGGUUGGUUAAUGAGGUUAUGAGGGAGGGAAGCAGGUAUGAGUCGCAGCAGCAGCAGCAGCGGGAGGGGGAGGGGAGUGGGAAGAAGGAGGAAGAGGAUAGUGAGAGUGGGAGUGGGAGGGCAAGUGAGAGGGACAAAGGGAAGGGCAGGGAGAGUGCGAGUGACGAAGAGGCGGGGAGUGGCAGGGACGGAGGCGGAGAGGAAGCGCAUAAAGCGGGCAGUGGAGAUGAUGAAGGGACCGCUGGGUCGGAUGAGACGGUCGAUUUGAAUGCGGAGCAGGGCGCGACGAUAUCGCGUACGCAUUCUGUUGGGUAUAAGCGGAAAGUGGCCAAGGGCGCCUCUGGGGCGGCGGCGGGAGGGAGUACGGGAGGAGGGGCGGGAGGGGCGGAGGGACCUGGGAUUAUGUCGAGAGGGAACUCGGACCCUGUGCGUGGUACGCAGGCGAGUGGGAGUAUGAGCGCUCUUGGGGACGCUCCUGUCUCUAGCGUUGUUGCUGCUGCGCCACCGCCGAUGACACUGCGGUUGCCAGAACGUGUGCCGUGGAGUCGAAAACAGCAGCAGCAGGAGGCGGGUGUUGUUGUUACGCCUACGGCUAGGACGGUGUCUGCGGGUGCGACUGGGUAUGUUUCUGCGGGUGCUGGGAAGAGUGUGGGUGCUAGCGAGCGUGAGGGCGAGGGCGAGGGCGAGGGCGAGCGGGUUUCGACGUCGACGUCGCUUCCUUCGUUGUCAUCUGCAUCGUCGGCUGCGCAAUAA